CUAGACACACUCUCCAUAAUAGAGAGUGAUCUAGAACAAUCCAUUAGGUAUCCCACAGCAAUACCAGCAUUGACACAAUUCCUUGCUGUGUUACAUUUUUUGGCCACUGGUUCUUUCCAGCAUGUAGUUGGGGAUCUGGUUGGCAUGUCGCAGGGCCAGUUCAGUAAGGUCCUGCGAUGUGUCAUCCAAGCUUUCCUCACCAGAGUGAAGCAGUUCAUAGCAAUGCCUUUGGAUGCUGGUGCCCUGGCUGUGGUGAAGCAGCAAUUUCAGGAAGGGGGUAGUCACUUCCCACACGUUAUUGGGGUUGUGAAUGGGACACAUGUUGCCAUUGUUGCGCCAAAACAUAAUGAAGAAAUCUAUAGAAACAGGAAACUGUUUCAUUCUCUGAAUGUCAUGGUUGUUUGUGGCCCAUCCCUCCAGAUCCUGUCCCUGAAUGCUAUGUUCCCCGGGAAUUCCCAUGACGCACAUGUGAUUCGCCAAUCAGGGAUCUGGCAAAGAUUAAGACUGUUGGAAGGCCAAGACAUGUGGCUAUUGGGAGAUCGUGGAUAUCCUUGCACCCCCUGGCUCAUGACUCCUUACAGCAAACCCAGGCCAGGACCACAGUCGGCAUUUAACUCCACGCUUACUGCCACUAGACAGCUGGUGAAGCGCACGAUUGGGUUUCUUAAAGGGUGGUUUCGUGUGCUCCACCGCAUUGGUGGCGACAUCAUGCAUUCGCCGGAGAUGGGCAAGCACAACGGCAAGCUCAGCAAGCAGCAGCAUCACCUCCACCCACCUCCCCACCACAAACUCCAUCACCCCAUCAACACCCUGAACCCCAACAACCAACUUCCCCUUCCUCAUCAACAACCACCCCCUCUCCAACCCCCUCCCCAUCUCUUUCCCAAGCCCCCUCUCAAACCCCCUCACCCUCUCUUUCACAAUCACCAUCUCCAACCCCCUCCCCCUCUCUUGGCCAACCCACCUCUCAGCCCCCCUCCCCCUCUGUGGCCCAACCAACCUCUCAGCACCCUUCCCCCUCUCUGGCCCAACCCACCUCUCUGCCCCCCUCCCCUCUCUGGCCCAAACACCCUCUCAGCCCCACUCCCCCUCUCUGGACCAAACACCCUCUCCACCCCCCUCCCCCUCUCAAACAGACCCAUCCUCUCUAAACAACUCACCCUUCCAUCCUCCUUCCCCAAUCCAGCCUCCUUCCCCAAUCCAGCCUCCUUCACCACCCACUGAAUGGGCAGCAGAGGCCCCCGAGGAGUUUGAGGGUGCUGGGCAUGUGGAAGAUGAUAUAUAUACUGUUCCGCCAAGGAGGCGCCGCCCAAACAAAACAAAGUAAGCUGCAAGAAUUAUGACCACUGUCCUGGUGGAGAAAUUAGAGCAGAUGGACGCUGCCAUGGCUGAUCGAGAAGAUGCACGUCUCGAGCGAUUUUUGCAGGCAGAGCAAGACAUGAACAACACAUUUAUGACGCAGCUGAUCUCUAUGCAGGAAACCUAUAAUAAGGAUGCAAGAGAACGUCAGAGGGAAAUGCAGGAAUUUCAAAUGUCCAAUAUUACCUUGCCCCCCCCUACUAUGAACAUACCCCACCUCAACCAACGUCACACCAUACCCAUCCUCGACAUAACCAACCUCAACAAACCCCACCUCCACUAACUCCAACUCACUAUACCCAUCCUCGACAUACACAACCUCAACAAACCCCACCUCCACUAACUCCAACUCACUAUACCCAUCCGCGACAUACACAACCUCAACACACCCAAUCACCUUCUGAAACUGAGACAACUACAGAGUCUCCUGUUUACCUUAAUUUAUCUUAAAUGGUUAUUGUUUUAAAAAAAAGUUGGUUUUAAAAUCAUAGGAGUGUUUUUACUACACUAUUACUGGUUUGACUUUUAUUACUGUAAAGAUUUCACUACUUUAUU